AUGGAUUCAUUUCGAUCUUAUUUUAUACUUAGGGGUGACUAUGGUACUGAUUCAGGUGGUGAAUGUGCUGUACCUAUGGUUCAUCGUUUUCAUUCUCCAUCGAAUGGUAAUGGUUUGUUUUGGUACAGCUUUGAUGUUGGUCCAAUACAUAUACUUUAUUAUUCAACUGAACAUGAUUUUCGUCGAUCAUCACCUCAAUAUGCAUGGAUUGAGCAAGAUCUUCGUUCAGUCAAUCGUUCUCGUACUCCAUGGCUUAUUGUUGGUUCUCAUCGACAUAUGUAUACAUCAGAAAUAGAAUCGAUUGGUGAGCAUGAAAUUACGAUAAUGUUACAAUUCUACGUAGAACCAUUGUUUUAUCAAUAUCAUGUCGAUGUCAAUCUUUUUGCACACCGACAUUCAUAUGAACGAUCAUGUCCUAUGUAUCAAAAAACAUGUGUUGCCGAUGGUAUAACACAUGUAUUAAUUGGUAUGGCGGGUCAAAACUUAGAUACUGAUGUGUAUUCGAGUGUUCCAUGGAGUAAAUAUCAUGAUCAACAAUUUGGAUAUACAACAAUAUUUGCCAAUCAAACAUAUCUGCAUCUGACAUAUUAUCAUAAUAGUGAUGAUGGUAUUGCUGAUCAAUUUGUACUAACAAAAUAA